AUGGCUGAUGCCCCGGUUUUCUCUCUGCCACCUCCGGACUGUUUUCUUCCCCUCCCUGGCGAACCUGUUGUCCCUUGGAAUCGGUGGAAAACGUCUUUUGAACCGUACCUUUUAGCCAUUGGAUUGGAUGGUGCUGCUAGCGCGAGGAAGCGCGCUAUCCUGCUGCACUUGCUGGGAGCGGAGGGGAACAGGAUUUUCAACACGCUUGACGGUACUCUGGACACUUACAAUGCUGUCAUUGAGGCUUUGACUGGACAUUUUGUGAAGUCACAGAACAUCCUUUUUCGGCGGCUGGAGUUCAGACAAAGAUGUCAGCGCCCUGGUGAGUCUGCUAGGCAGUUUGUAGCAGAUUUGAAAGCCUUAGCGCAGUGCUGUAAUUUCGGCGUCAUGAGGAAUGAACUUAUUCGGGACCAGCUCAUUGAAAAAACGUCUAAUCCCAGAGUUCAGGAGGAGUUGUUACUCAAAGAUGCAACACUGUCACUGGAUGACGCACUAACACUCGCCUUACAAGUGGAGGCGGCAACUCAAUGUGCUGCUAAAAUAGCAGAAAACAAGUCUCAUACUGCCGUUAUGGAACAGCCAGUGCAUCAGCUAUCGAGCUCAGACAACCUGGCCGACCCUGCUGCUAUACAGGUGGCGCGCCCCCAGCAAACACGCCAGCAGAGACGCUGUGGGAAUUGUAGCUCCACCCGUCAUGCCACAAGGGCCCAGGACUGCCCUGCUAGGGGCCAAACAUGCAGACGCUGUCAGAAACCUAACCACUUUGCAAAAUGGUGCCGGUCUGCUCCGACUGGCUACCCUGAACAGUCACAUGACCCGGUGGUGCCAGUGCGUACCAUAGGCCCUCACCCAGGGACCUUCUCCAGGUGCCCCGUAUACCUGGAUGGCUGCUGUGUCCCUCUUCUCCUCGACACUGGGGCCAAGGUAUCACUGCUGAAUGUUGACACCUGUAACCUACUCUUCCCAAACAGACAGCUGCAGCCCCUAUCCACUGCUCUCUGUGGCUACGGCCGCAGCAAAAUCGACGUUGUCGGUCAACUCUACCUCCCAGUUCGCUACACCUCUACAACCGUGGACCGCUUCCCAUUCCACAUUACGCGCCGCGGCGAGAACAUCAUGGGACUUGACCUCUUUCUCAGCCUUGGCUUCACCUUACAGGACAACAACGGAACACGAAUACUACAAGUGGAUUCCCCUUGGCAACAGAGCCGGCCUGACCUGUUCAAUGGCCUUGGGUGCCUCACCUCAUUCAUACACAAACCGCUCCUGGACCACAGCGUGCCUCCCGUGGUCCAGCCCCUUCGGCGUGUGCCCCUGGCUCUGCGGGACGGCGUUACACAGGAGCUCCAACGCCUCCAGGGUGAUGGCAUUAUAGAACCCAUUGACGCCUCUCCGUGGGUGUCCAACCUCGUCAUCGCUAGGAAGAAGUCAGGUGGACUGAGAGUCUGCGUUGACCUUCGCCAGGUCAACAAAGCAGUGGUGCCUGACAAGUACCCUCUCCCGACAACAGAAGAACUCACGACCCACUUCUAUGGCUCCCGGGUCUUUUCUAAGUUGGAUUUACGUCAGGGCUACCUACAAAUCCCUCUGCACCCGGAGAGUCGGAACCUGACGGCUUUUAUCACCCAUACUGGCCUCUGCCCUGGUACCGUGGCCUAUUUGGACGACAUUGUGGUACACGGGCCAGAUGUUGACACGCACAACGCCCGCCUGGAACGAGUUUUUGACUCCCUCAGCCGCCACCAUGUAACCUUGAACGCUGAGAAGUGUACGUUCUCUGCACCGGCCAUUGACUUUGUCGGGUUCCGGGUGUCCGCAGAUGGUAUCUCCCCUCUCCAGUCGAAUGUGGCAGCCAUCAGCGCAGUCCCCACCCCCACGACAGCCUCGCAGCUGGCUUCGUUCUUGGGGAUGACAGCCUACUACAUGCGUUUCCUGCCUCAGUACUCCUCUGUCACGGCCCCGCUGAGGAUGCUGCUCAGGCAGGAUGCUUCUUGGGUCUGGACUCCUGAAUGCCAGGCAGGUUUCGACGAACUGAAGCGUCUCCUCACCACGUCCCCAAUCCUGGCACACUUCCAGCUGGACUGCCCCACAUUCGUGACCCGCGAUGCAUCUGCUGUGGCUCUGGGCGCUGUUCUGUCACAGCUCCAUGACGGCUGCUCUGCUGUCUCUCCAGAGGAUGAGGAGGGGGUAGUGCACCUGGUCCACUCACCACUGAAGGACACAGUCUCCCUCCGUGAUCUGGAGUCCGCCUCAGCAGCCGAGCCCGUUUCUAGCAUGCUUCGCGACAACAUCAGACGUGGUUGGCCUGCCCGCGUCCCACCAGAACUGGAGCCAUACCAUCGAGUGAAGCAUGAACUGUCAUGCUGGGGUGAGGCCUGCAUUGCACGUGGCCUCCGUGCUGUCAUCCCAGUGGCUCUCAGAGGGUGUGUCUUGCAAAUGGCACAUCAGGGACACCUCGGCAUCGUCAAAGCCAAACAAAGGUGCCGUGACGUUGUGUGGUGGCCCGCCAUGGACCGUGAUCUGGAGGGACUCAUUCGCUCCUGUACAGCGUGCCUCACCAGUGGGAAAACUGGGCCGCCGCUUCCCUCCGCUACAGCCAGUAGACUGGCCAGGUUCCUCGUGGUGGUCUACGACUUGCACUCCAAGUGGCCUGAAGUGGCUCCCAUGGGUACGGUUACCUCUGCUGCUGUGGUCAACUUCCUCGACCAGCUGUUUUCCCGCUGGGGCUUGCCUCGUGCAGUUACUACGGACAAUGGUCCUCAGUUCCUGUCCUUGGAGUUCACCACCUUCCUCGCCAACAAAGGGGUUACCCACAUCCGGACCUCCGUCUAUCACCCCCAAGCCAACGGGGGGGUGGAACGAUUCAACCAAUCCCUGAAAAAUGGACUGCGUGCUCACAUGUCUGAGGGAUACUCCCUGAUGGCCGCACUGUCACAGACCCUCCUCCACUACAGGGCAACUGCCCACUCUACAACAGGGGUCUCCCCUGCCGCACUCAUGCUGAAAAGGGAGCUUGUGCUUCCCCUGUCAAGACUCCGUCCAUCAAUGGACGCGGACCCACAGCCAUGGCCAGCAGCAGUCACGUCUCGCGUCAGGAGACAACAGAGUUCCAUGAAGCGGAGGUUCGAUGAGAAGCACAAGGCUAAGUGGCCUGCUAUCAGAGUGUCAGACUGGGUCAGAGCCCGCCGGCCCCAAAGAGCUAACAAGCUGUCUUCGUUCUGGUCGGCUCCGUACCAGGUCAGUCGGCAGCUCGGCCCAGCUUCUUUUCAGCUGACCGAUGGUUCCCGUUGGCACGCCAGCUGCUUGCGCAGAGUGCCCUCCCCUCUUCACCAACCUCACCUGGCAGGGGUGGAGCAGAGCAACCCAGCAACUGGGCCGAUGGAGCAGGGCAACCCAGCAACUGGGCCGGACCCUCAUGUGCCGGACCCCAUUGCGGCACCUCUUGCCCGAGCGGAACCGACUGCUCAGUGCCCCGCUCUGGCUUCAGCCCCGCUGCCGGCCCCACUUGUUCCUGAGCCCCGCCCUGUCAGGGUCCGCACGCGCCCUGGGCACUUCGAGGACUUUGUUGCCACCUUUCACGUCUGA